AUGGCACUGUGGCGGGUCCUCGGUGACAACGGUGACAAGAGUGGGGAGAGCUCCUGUGGAAUUCUUGUGCGCGAGGGCCAGGGCCUCCAGACUCCCGUCCUCGGGCGCCUCAGCUUCGGUGCCGUCGUUUCGGCGCUAGCAGAUAGCUCGAGCUCGAGCGGGGCAGCACCCUCCCGGCUUCGCUAUCGGCUGCUGAGAGGAAAAGGCCCCAAGGAGGGCUGGGUCUCCAUCCGAUGCAAAGGCAAAGCCCUACUGGCAGAAGCGGACCGUCCGGAUCUGGAUCCUGAGAAGUCCACGCCGUUUCCGGCCAUCGGAUUGGAAAAGCCGAACCUCGGAGCUGCAAGCGGCUGGGCCUCCUGGCACGGCUUCAAGCGUGUGGCCAAUUUCCGCGAUGUGGCCGAUUCGAGCCCCUGUAGCCAUCCUAUUCGGUGCCGUAACGGCAAGGUGCUUCGAAGGGGAAUGCUCUUCCGCUCAGGGCAUUUUGCCGCCGCCACGAAGGAAGAUCUGGCCGUGCUGCAAGCACUGCAGCUUCGGACUUACGUCGACCUGCGCGAGGGCCGGGACUUUGAGGGAGCAGAUGCAGAGGUGCAUCACGUCCUCUUCCCGCCCAGCCCAAGCACAAUGGAAAGAGGUGCACCGCCAGCAGUGCCUCCUGGGGGCCGCCGGUUGUGGUGCCCCGUGACAAAGGACUUGCGCUUGCGUGGCUGGACUGCUGAUGAGAAGGUUGGGACUGUCCCCGAGUCCGACCGCAAGGCCUGGACUUCUUGGUGGUUCCAGCGGCUUACACGUUUUGCGUUGGCCAAGGACAUGGAGAUGAACGCCGCUAGCCACCUGGCAGCCGUGAACCGCACGGUUCUCUUCGUCAACAGCGACGAGUUGCUUCGCGCGCUCCUCGCUCUCACCGAGGAGAAAAAUUAUCCCCUGGUGUUCGGCUGCGUGGCUGGAAAGGACCGCACCGGUUUGUUGAGCUGCCUCAUUUUGUCAGCCCUGGGCUGUGACCGCGAGACGAUCGUACAUGACUAUUUGAAGACCAACGAGGCCGCACGACACAUCGACGCUUGUAACCAGGUGGCGCAGCACCUCUGGUGGCGGCAGCUGGCAGCUGAGUCGCCGGAGAGAUGGCAGCGGAUGCAAGCGACGCUCCCGACACUCCGCUUCGACGCGACCUGGCCGGGUCUCGACGGCUCCGAGCGGCCACCCGCAGAGACGUCGCCCGCGGAGACAGCGGACGUAACGAGGGAGUCACAGUCCGAGUCCGAGGCGCUUGCCGUGCUUCAGGGUUCGGUGGCCUAUCUCGGAACUCUCGAGUACACCUUGGAUCUGCUGGACAGUGAAGGAGGAGCUCUGGCCUACCUGGACUCCAUAGGCUUUGGGGGCCCUGAGCUCGAGAGGCUCCUGGCCAUCCUGACGGUGUAA